AUUUCCAAACUCCACGAGUGCAGCUACGUACAGCUCGCGGUGAAAUAGAGAAAUGCCCGCCGCUCCAGCUCGCGGCAGCUUCCUCUACACGUACGUGCUGAUCGAUCGACCCAACGCCUCCCCCUUCACGCCACGCACGUCCUUCUCCAUCCUUGUUUAAUUUCCACACUCCCUUCCUCCUACUUAAUUCACAUCCGCCACGCAGCGCUCGCUGAGCUCCUAAUUAACAUUCCGCCUUGAUCAAACACACACGGGCCACGAGGGGCUAGUUAUUAGGCAGCGGUUUGAUUUGACCGUAUCGCCGCUAGCUAGCUAGCUCCCGCGACAUCAUCCCGUGUGGAAACUGGAAACCAUGGAGAUGGAGGCCGGCUCGUCGAGCUCGCUGCGGCGCAGGCUGCGUGCCACGGUGUGCUGCUGCUUCGGCCUCGGCUACGGCGGUUACGGCGGCUACCGGGCGCGGCGGGAGGGCGCUGGCGGGGAGUUCCGGUACGACUCGCUCAGCUACGCGCUCAACUUCGACGAGGGGCCCGACGACCUGGAAGACGACGCCGGCGCCGGCCUGCUCUGCCGGAGCUUCUCCUCGCCGCCCCGGGCCCUCGCGCGGACGCCCGCCGCCGCGUAGCUAGCCCUGUGCGUCGGUCCAGUAGAGCUUGUAUGUCAGUGAUCGACAUAUUCAUAUGAUUUCCUAGUACGAUUGUUUGCGCCGUAUCCAUAUGAGAUUAAUUAAAUUGAAUUGAAGACCUUGGUUCAUUCCUAUUGUGCAACCUGUAUCAGAUGUUUAAUGAAGGAUCCAACUUAAGAAUUCUGAUUCAA